UGCAGAGAAUGACACAGCAACACAUCCACAAUUAGAAAGACUGGCAGCGGUCUUCAGCUUUAAGAAUGCCAAUGAACCACACAAACCAAACGGAGGAUGACGUCUUCUCCUGCUACAGUCCUUCAGUCGUAGGCUACCGGUACUUUGCUGUGGUGUGGGGAUGUGCUGUGACUAUUACUGGUACGGUGGGGAACCUGAUGACCAUUCUAGCCUUCACCAUAGACCCUCGUCUGAGGACUCGCUUCAAUGUGCUCAUCGUCAAUCUGGCUGUCGCUGAUCUCCUGUACUGCACCAUACUGCAGCCCAUAUCAGUCGACUCUUAUCUACACCUCCACUGGCGCAGCGGUCAGCUCUGGUGCAGCAUCUUCGGCCUGCUCCUCUUCCUCUCCAACUCUGUCUCCAUCAUCACACUUUGUCUGGUAGCAGUGAGCAGAUAUCUCCUGGUAGCAAAAAGGGCUGUGUUUGAACGUGUCUUCUCUAACCGGGGUCUGAUUUUACUCCUGAUCUCAGCGUGGGCACUGGGCCUGGCCAGCUUUGGACCACUCUGGCCCGUUUACACAUUUGUGCCACAGGUGUGCACAUGCAGCUUCCAUCGCACCAGGGGUCGGCCCUACAGCACCAUCCUGCUGUUUUUCUACUUUUUUGUCGGCCUUGGAUGUGUUGGUGCAUUCUACUUCCUCAUUUACAGACGUGUUCGGAUCGCCUCACAAGCUCUGCUUCGCUACAGGUUCAGCCGCCGGUCCUCCAGAAAGAAACCAACUUCUUCAGCACAAGGGACUGAUGACAGUGGUGUUGAGAGUGGCAUGGCAAAGACAUGCAGCUGCGAGGUGAGCAGCCAGGUAGAUCCAGCCCAGAGUACGGAUGAAAUCACCAGCGAAAAGUCCUCCAAAUCUGCCCAGGACACUGCCAUAGCCUUAAAUUCAUCAGCAACCAAGUCUGACAUCGUCCCAACAUCACCUUCGUCCACACCUGCUCGCACCACUGCAGCCUCCUCCUCCCGCUCAGCAACAUCAGGGGAUGAUGACGAAUUCAAGCGUGUGACCCGCAUGUGUUUUACUGUUUUUCUGUGUUUUGUGUUCUGUUUUGUCCCCUUCCUGUUGCUCAACAUAGCUGACAAACAUAACCGCGCCCCACAGGUGCUUCACAUGUUCUGCGCAAACCUCACCUGGCUCAACAGCUGUAUCAAUCCUGUGCUAUAUGCAGUAAUGAACCGACAGUUUCGACAGGCCUACCACGUGCUGCUCACCAGGGCAGCUGCACCAUUCACCUACCUCUGGACCUGCCAGUCAACUCAGAGAUCCUAAACUCCUAGAGCUACACCUGCCUAAUGUUUCCCCUGAUAUUAACUCAUUUAGAUAUUAUAUAUUAUUCUUUCAGUGUACAUUCUGCCACUAUCAAGUUUCAAGUCUCUUUUCUGUGUUACAUUUAUGUUGCAUUGCCAACAUUUCAGACUGCUCCAUUUUCUUUACAAUCCAUUUUACUGUUUGCUUAACUUUAUGUAUGUACAAGAUUGCAUUA